UGAACUGCUGGCUUUCUGUUUGCUCCUGGGAAGAUGCAGCGGCUAUUGAGUCCAGUGAAACAAGUCCUGCAAGUGGGAAGAGUGAUGCAGGAAGCUUCCUUCACGCCUGCUUGCCUGCUCCCAGCAGCCCACCAAAGGUUUUCUACAGUCUGUGCUGUUCCCCUGGCCAAAACAGAUACUUGGCCAAAAGAUGUGGGCAUCCUUGCCAUGGAGGUCUACUUCCCAGCUCAAUAUGUGGACCAAACUGACCUGGAGAAGUAUAACAAUGUGGAAGCAGGGAAGUAUACAGAGGGCUUGGGCCAAACCCAUAUGGGCUUCUGCUCGGUCCAGGAGGACAUCAACUCCCUGUGCCUGACAGUGGUGCAAAAGCUAAUGGAGCGCACACAGCUCCCAUGGGACUCCGUGGGCCGGCUGGAAGUGGGCACUGAGACCAUCAUUGACAAGUCCAAGGCUGUCAAAACAGUGCUCAUGGAACUCUUUCAGGAUUCAGGCAACACUGACAUCGAGGGCAUAGAUACCACUAAUGCCUGCUAUGGUGGCACUGCCUCCCUCUUCAAUGCUGCCAACUGGAUGGAGUCCAGCUCCUGGGAUGGUCGCUAUGCAAUGGUGGUCUGUGGUGACAUCGCAGUCUAUCCCAAUGGUAAUGCACGUCCCACAGGUGGGGCUGGAGCUGUGGCAAUGCUGGUUGGGCCCAAGGCCCCUCUGGUCCUGGAACGAGGGCUUAGGAGUACCCACAUGGAGAACGCAUAUGACUUCUAUAAACCAAAUGUGGCUUCAGAGUACCCAUUGGUCGACGGGAAGCUUUCUAUCCAGUGCUACUUACGGGCCUUGGACCGAUGUUACACAUUAUACCGCCAAAAAAUCCAGAAGCAGUGGAAGCAAGCCGGCAUCGAUCGACCUUUCACCCUGGACGAUUUACAGUUUAUGAUCUUUCACACGCCCUUUUGCAAGAUGGUCCAGAAAUCUCUGGCUCGCCUGAUGUUCAAUGACUUCCUGUCAGCCAGCAGCGACACACAAACCAGCUUAUAUAAGGGGCUGGAGGCCUUCAGGGGACUAAAGCUGGAAGACACCUACACCAACAAGGACGUGGAUAAAGCAGCUCUAAAGGCCUCUCUGGACACGUUCAACAAGAAAACCAAGGCCUCCCUUUACCUCUCCACGCACAAUGGAAACACAUACACCUCCUCCCUGUACGGGUGCCUGGCCUCGCUUCUGUGUCACCAUUCUGCCCAAGACCUGGCUGGCUCCAGAAUUGGUGCCUUCUCUUAUGGCUCUGGCUUAGCAGCAAGUUUUUUUUCAUUGCGAGUGUCCCAGGAUGCUUCUCCAGGCUCCCCACUUGAGAAGCUGGUAUCUAGUGUAUCAGACCUGCCAAAACGCCUCGCCUCCCGGAAGCGUAUGUCCCCGGAAGAGUUCACAGAAAUAAUGGACCAAAGAGAGCAAUUCUUCCACAAGGUGAAUUUCUCACCACCUGGUGACACAAACAGCCUUUUCCCAGGUACUUGGUACCUGGAGCGAGUGGACGAGCUGUAUCGUCGAAAGUAUGCCCGGCGUCCCAUCUAAACAUGUUCUACAGAUCCAUGGAGUGGUUCCUGGGAAAAGUAAACUAGCAGAGCUUCUGCCCAUAAAUAGUAUUUUAAAAAUCCCACUCUUAGUGGCUAAAUAAAAUUUGACACCAUAGCCUCCACAAGCAUUGGCCCUGUAGAGUGAGGGGCCACUCUUAGAGGAUCCCUCCUGCCUUUCCCUGAUGUGGUCGCUGAGACCAGCUUAUGGCUGUACGGACCAGGGGCCCCUUAUGAAAGAGCAAGAUGGAGUAAUGGAGAGGACUCUUCUUGAAUCACUGGCCUCCAGAAAUGUGGCAGAUCCAUUGUCUCCUUUGAGAUCCAGAUAAAGUUUUCUAUCAUUUGUUAUAACUUUAUUAUUGUCAAACUUUUGUGCUGUUUUAUCUUUCUUUCUUAAGUUUUCCUGUGGAUUUUAAAAUUUUAUAUCUUGUCCCAAGCUAAUAUAUGGCAAUUAAACAGAGAGAAGGAGGAAA